AGCACACGGCUCUGAGUUGUUUGAACCACACGGUUGGUAAAUAUUUAAACAACACGGUUGUUGAGAAAGGAGUCUCCAACUGACUCGCUGAUAAAGUAUUUUAUUAUCCCUCAACUCCAAAGACAGUCUCUCAAGUCCACUUCAGUCUUAGCCGAUAGCACAGUUGGUACAUCAUGAGGUCCAUCUCUGGCCGCCAGGAUGUGAUUGAGCUUCCACGUUUUACCUUCAACCCGAAGGAGGGGAUCGAUAAUCCGGCUCUGGUCAUCACUGAUGAUUUUGAAUUAGACCAAAAUCUUCAGCCCAAACUCCACCAGUUGAGGCGUGUAGAGGGACAGAAUUUUGGCUUCUACUUGCAGAGGGCCACAGAUAACCAAGGCUUGCAGAUCACAGAUGUAGACCCAUGGAGCCCAGCUGAGCACAGUGGACUUAAAGAGGGAGACCGAGUGUUGGAGGUCAAUGAGGUCAACAUGGACUUCUACAAGGUGGCAAGGAAGAUCCAGUCAUGCGGCCAACAUUUGUUUCUUCUGGUGCUGAAAAGAGCUGACUAUGAGCAGGCAGUUUGUUCAGGUGUGGACCUACAGAUGCUGGCUACAGCCUACAAGGGAGGCCCUUGUUGUCGGCCCAGACUGUGUCACAUCAACCGGCACCAGCACUCUGGCCUGGGGAUGACCCUGAGCUCAGUGGAAGUUCUAAAACGACACUGCGUACUGAGCAUCGGAACUGGUGGUCCAGCAGAGAAAGCUGGAGUCAGAAGUGGGGACAGAUUGGUCUGGAUAAAUGGUGUCAGGACAUCCAAUCUCACACACAACUUCAUCAACAAAUCGUUGAAGAAGAGUGCAGACUCUGUGACUGUGUUGGUUAUUGAUGGUGAAAGCGAGUCUUGCUACAUCAGGAGGAAAAUGCCCAUCUUGCCUGUGCUGGCAGUCGACUAUAAUCUUCCAUACUCAGCAAAGACAAUGCAUCUGGUUAAAGGACCUGAUGGAUAUGGUUUCCUGCUGAGGCAAGAGAAGCUUCUCGAUAUACAACGAACAGUUCAUGUUCUUAGGGAGGUGGACAAGGGGAGUCCAGCAGAAGAGGCAGGAAUGAUAGCUGGAGAUCUACUGCUGGCGGUCAACGGAGAACCAGUAGAGUGCAUGGAGCAUGAGGAUAUUGUCCAAAGGGUUCGGAAAAGUGGUACGAGAGUCAGCUUUACCGCUAUAUCGAUACCAGGGAGAUGCCUCUUCAAAGAGCUUGGUAUUUCCCCCUUGUUUUUUCAUGAUGAAUUCAUAAACCAGGAUGACUGUGUCCUAGGUCAGAUCGGAAUUCAAACAGCACAGCCACAAAGGUUUGGUGAUGCCCUCUUGUGACGCCACCAUGGAAAUGAAGUAAACCAAUUCAUCCAAAGCAGGAGCUGAAGGUUAAAGGAGAUUUUGGAUGAAAACAUUUUAAAAUAAAUUUCGCACUGGUGCUGGGUCAAUCUAUGUAAUAGAGAUUUUGGCAGACUCUAAAAUUUAAGUUUGUUUCAGUCAGCUAGAAAUAAAACUAAUUCCAAGUUUUUGGACUGAAAGAUUCAGAUAAAAAUGAAGCAGAUACAAAUAAGAGCCAGAAAUAUUAUGGAUUUUUUUUUAAAUGUCACAUUUAAUUUUGAUACCAAUUUCCAGAUGAAUCUUUUGGAUAGAUUUCACAUCUCCAAACUGACAAUCAUCAAGUGGAUACUGAAUUUUAACCUUGAUUUACAGUUCAGAAGGAAAUCAUUCAAUACAGUGGUCCCCAACCUUUUUUGCGCCACGGACCGGUUACGUGUCAAAUAUUUUCGCGGACUGGCCUUUAUGUAAAGAAAUAAUAUAUUUAGAUAAAUAAUACAUUUACUAUAAUAUAAAAAUACGAUGAAAUAAAAUGAUACGACUGGUAUAAAAACAAGUAUAAACGACAUAAAAAUAAAACUCACCAUUACGUUGAAUUAGUGGGAGCACUGAGCUUGUUUCUGAGAAACAAGCCGGUCCCAUCUAGGCGUUAUCGGAGACAAUGACACCCGAAGUGGUUAAGGUUUGUCUUUAAAUGCAGGAUGCUUGGUAUCCAUGUGCAGAAGCAGUUUUGGAAGCUUCAUUGCCUCGUUAGCUAGCCUGUCGCCACAUAUUAUGCAGAGUGGGCUUGGCGUGUCAGAGUCACCUGAGGCGAUUAAUCCAUAUUUUAAGUAGGACUCCAGAAAUUUUGUUUUAAAUGCAGCUUUUCUUUUCUCAGAAAUCGUAGCCUCUUCUUCUUCCGUCUCCUCAUUGGGCUUUUUUCUCUUUACGAAGAAGCUUUCCAAAUAUCUCUGUUUCUUGCUCAUUUUUGCUUGCUUUGCGGGCUCGACUGAGGUGACAUGUCACGUAACCGAGACGAGCGUCUUGACCUGAACCUAUGGAUGUAAUUUGGAGAGAAUCGCCAAUUUUUUUAGAUUUUUCAAAAUAAAUUCUUACUCAUUUUUGCUAGCUUUGCGGGCUCGACUGGGGAAACAUGUUACGUGACCGGGACGAGCGUCUUGACGGCCCGAUACCAAAUGAUCCACGGACCUGUACCGGUCCGCGGGCCGGUGGUUGGGGACCAAUGAUUUAAUAGAUAUAUGAAUGUGUGUAUGUUCUGUGUGUGUGUUUGUGUGUGUGUGUAGAUUUAUUCAGGAUACAGUGCAUCUGAUUAAAAUAUUACACAUCAUACAAACAUUUUCAAAGUAGCAAAUUAAACAAAUCCAGUGGUUGUAAAAUUGUGGUUAGUUUCACAUAGAUGUUUGUAUGUCAGUUAUUACUCAACAAAUAUUUGUAAUGAGUAUAAUUUGAUUCAAGUACUUCAUUCCAACACAACGCCCAAGGCAUUAUCAACAAGAUUAUCAUGUAAGCGAUGGCCAGGAAGAGUGACAACUUGGACCACAAAUAGUUGUGUUCAUUCCUGAGAAAUUACACUUCAGUUUCUAAUUAACACGUGCAGUAUGUUUUGAAAUUUGAAACUGAAAAUAGAAAUUUAUGAAAGGCAAUGAUCUAUCAAAACCAGUACUGAUAGCGUGAAAGUGUGGUUAUGGCUUCUGGACAAGUUUCAUAGGUUUCCAUAUAUAGCUUUACAUUAUUCAUGUAAGUAAUACUGCUUCCUAUUUUGUCAAAAUUGUAUAUAUUCAAUUGUAUCUUUGUCUUUCAGUAAAGCUUUACUGAAGAAAAAGUUGGAUGUCACCAUACCACUCCAGUAAAUAUACAAGCAACCUACAGUCUAGUUUGGCAUGAAAAGUAGUCAAACACCAGCCAGAACCUCAUUUAUUAUGCAUUCAGACCUGCUUGUAUGAAAAAUUAUAUUGCAUCCUUUUGCAAAAAGCAAUUUCAAUCCAUAAACUAUGAUGCCUUGUGUGUGCCCUUUCAAAUCUUAACUGAAAUCAAUUUAGAUCCAUCUAAGUGUAACAAGAUGUUCAAUAGAAAUUGAUUGUUAAGGCCACACUGACAUGGAUGAAAAAAAUAUGGUAAUAGAAUUCAAAGAAUCAAAUCAAUUACAACAAAAACUUAAAAAUCCCAGAUAUGAUGACUGCUAGGCUCAGAUGUUUUGCUUGAUUGGCAAUAUCUCAAUAUAUUUGAAGUUAAAACUCUAGUAACCCAAAAUAGAAUGUGAUUCUUUUAAGAUGACCACUUUGUAAUAUUUCAACUUUAGUCAGUGCGUGCUAAAUACAUCUUCAGACUAUCUAUGUUCAGACAAUGUAUCAAUCGUGCCUUAACUUCAAAAUUUUGUCAAAUUUGUUCCAUAGCUCAUCUCAAAUGGAUUUCCUCAUUGAUAUGAAUUAUAAUGCCACUCUGCGCCAAAGCCCCUAAUUUUCCUAAUAUGUUAUGCUCUAUUUUUAAUAUAAAAAAACUGUACUGUAAGAAUACAAAAAAUAAUAAUAAUGGGAAGAAAAAAUUAUAAAGCAGAAUUUGACAAAAAUUGACACACACUGAAGAGUGGUAUCCAUUUACAUCCUUGAAUUUGAGUUUUGAAUACACCGCCAUUGGGGGUUAAGAAGUAACUCUUCCUUGCCAAACGUUAAUGUCCUAUUGUUAUUAUGACUAUAAAAUUUGCUAACAGUCGGGUAACCCUUGGCUACUGAUGGGAAAUGCAAGAAAACAACAACAACACCACACACACACAUUUGAUGAGUCAAAUUUGGUGUUGAAUGUUUAGUAGAUCAUUAGCGAUAGUGGGGGUGGGGGCCGUAGUUUUGAUCAUUUCCGUAUAAAAGCUUGGAUGGACAUUCAAGUGUUUUUGACUCAUCUCCAUGAACGUUGGAGGGAAACAAAACCAAGUUAGAGAGCUCAAGAGGUAGAGACCAACACGGUGGUGAAUCCUUUAUAUACAUAUUCACGCAGUGUUGCUGCAAUGACAGAGUGAACAUUAAUAACAAAACAAGGCUUCUCCCUAUAUUUAUCUACAAAUUUGCUGUAGACACAUCAUACAGCUGACAUUACUGUGUACUCCACUGGACAGCAUAGUUUGUCCUCUAGAUUUACUAGUUGCAGGGUAAAAAGAAAAAAUAUAUAUACAUUUGUAUGCAAGGUUUAAAAAUAAAAUUAACUUCACAGCCUUAGAAAUGUGCAGGCUAAUACAAUUUCUAUACAGUGGUACUACGGUACAUUUUAAGUUAGUGUGUAUAUUAGCUUCUCUAUUACACACAUAUACAAAACCAUACUUUUGAGGUGUGAGGAGAACGCAUGCCUUAGGACAAGAACAGGAUAAAAAAUAAUUCUAAAAAUAUAUUAAAUAAUUUACUUCAAAGCUAUUUUUUCUGAAUACAGUGUACAAGGAGGGCAGAAACCUCAUGUCAUUACCAUUUUCAAACAAAAUGUUAUUAAUAUGCUACUUAGUUCCUGUCUAUGCUCUUUAAAGACAAUUCAUGAAUAAAGAGAGCUAGUCAAAGUACAUGGCAAUUUAGUCAAAUACACUAAUUACAACCUUGAGAGAAUGCUAUUGCUGGUUUGACUGCUGUCUUGCUCAGUGCAUUUUCUUUUUGGUGACAAGUCUCCAUUUGUCAACACGGUCCUCAGAGCAACAAGCAUAGAAGAAAUGGUUUAAAAUAGGCAGUUUACAAAGGAAGACUGGAUCUUGCCAGCUGUAAUCUACCACUCUUUUCUCAGCUUCUGUUAUUUCUAAACUUAAAGUUCUCUUGUGGGACUCCCUUUUAUAUGCACAACAUCAUCUGAGCGAAAAUGAUUUUAUCACUAGUAUAUGUCACAGACUGGGGAAAGGAAGGAUUAAAAAUAGGAAUUUGAUUUUAAUUGUAGAGCGAACUCACAUCCUGUUGUAGGUGUUAUAAAGUAACAAUAAGUAGUCCUGCAGGAUGGAUUUGUCUUUGUAAAAUUUCAAAAGGGUCUCAAUUCAUUAGAUUAAUAGAAAACAUGCUACAUUGCUUUUUCUGCGUGUGUGUUUUAGGGAAGAAUAAUGUUGACGAACAUUUCAGUCCCCCCCCCCCCCUUACUGGCCGUUGCUUGUUAGAUACAAAAACGUAUUCUACAUUGUAAAGAUGGACCGACCGAUGGCAAUGAAAUGGCCUGAUAAAGCAAUGAAUGGUGGAACACAGAUCAAAUCAAAAGGAUUUUGACCUCUUUUAUAUAACCGCUAGUGAGCCAAGGAAAAACUCAAGACGGCCAAGGUACUAGAUUUUUCUUCUUGCUCUCUUUGAGCUUGUAAUGUGCUCCUUUUAAGUGAGUUCAAGAUUACGAUGCUUUAAAUUGAAGAUGCACACGUGAUGAACUGACACAGAACAGUUGCUAUUUUUACUCAUCUAUAACUUAAAAUUUAAAAUGUUAGUCUAACAUUUUUAUAAAUAUAUAUACUUGCAUAUAUGAGCCAUUUUGCUUCCCAAACCUAUUUCUUAAUCAUUGCCAAUUUUGUUCUUCACGUGGCAUGCGUGGCCUUAGCUGUACAUGUCAUUUGAAACUCACGAAAUGUACGCUGGCAUGCUAAUCUCAUAAGAAACGUGAACUCCAAAUGAAAUUGUCUCGCCCAUUGAAGAAAUAUUUUUCAUUGCUGUCUGACUUGGUGUGAUCGUGGGAAACCAAUCAAAAAUGAUAUAAAUAAUUGUAGGUGCUUGACAAAAUUUGUUUGCAUAUAUCAUCUCUUAAAUUGCAUGCACAACACGCAUACAAUUUGAGUGUAUAACUUACUAUUUCAAAAUAAUUGCAUUCCUGCAUGGUAGUCUCUUUGGGAUAUCAAUUUGAUAUUUCCUUAAUCAAAAUUUGCUCUCAAACCAAUACAAGUAGUGUGAUUCAUGAGUGGACACUUUUCUGUGUAAGAAUACUUACUUUAAAAUUGGCCUGAUAUGCAACAACACACUCGUUUUACCCACAAUCGUAAUAUUUUGGCGUGUGUGUAUGUCUCCUCUUUGGUAAACAAUAGUUACAACAGGUUAAAAAUUUGUGGAGGUGCACAGGACCGAAGAAAGUCCUGUUACAAGUAUCACUUUCAUGUACUAACGUACUCAGGAACAUCGUUGUAUAAAAACAGGGAACUUAAAAGUUCCUAAAAAUCUGAUGAUGCAGCUACAAUCGAUUGUCUGAAUAUUAGUUUCAUGCCAAUUUGGUAUCUGAGUGCAGAUGGAAAGACAGUUGUAAUCGUACAAACCUUGUCACAGGGGGAAAGUCAUGUCAGAAGCAAAUCUUAUGAAAAGUACAUUUUUAAAUUACAUAUCAGUUUUUAAAAUCUAUACAUUGAAACAAAUUUACUUCAUUCUGGAGAAGUGUAGUGUUAAAUCUAGUGAAUGAUACAUGACAUUUACCACAUUCUGAUUUGGUCUACAGAGUAUUUUUCCUACAUUUCCUUCUAAACAGUAGUUGGUGGGAACGGUACCCAGAUCACAGAAGACGCUGCUUUCAUGAUUCCAUUUUAGCAUCUUCACAGUUGGCAAAGAUGACCGCAAUCACAACAGCAGCUAUUCCCACACCAGUGGAGAAGGAGGCAUUUCUGAGGGCUGUGCCACUGUGGAACUGAGAUGGCAAGCAAGAAGUGGGUGAAGUUAAUAUUAGCAAUGCACAAGUAUAUACAUAUUCCCUCAAGACAUACUGUAUGCUGGCUUUGGUUGUGGGCCACGGAAGUUGCUUCAAUACCACACAUUUCAAGAAGAGAGAUGCUUUUAACUUGACAGAGAAAAUCAAAUGUGGCAGGCUUAAUUCCAUUUUCUUUACAGUUGGCCUUAGUGGAAAUCAGCGCUCUUGUAAAUGACAUUAUUAACACUUUUUGGGUUAAAAACAUCCAACAUGUAUGUCCAAGAUUGAAAGUCUGCUGGCAUAAAGUUCAAUCGAGGCCAUAAUGACAGUGGGCCAUUCAACUUGUUGAAAUGAACUUGUUCUUUAGUUCGUUUGGGUGUGUCAUCACUUCAUCAUUGGACAAGCUGGUGGUUAUCAUUAAUAAUUGUUGAGCUAUAGCAUAAAUUAUAUCGCACUGCAUGUGAGGAAAUGAGUCAAGUUCAUUUUGGAUUAUGGCAAAUUAUUUGGAUUAUGCAUGAUCCCAAUAAACCAAUUUGGAUGCACUCUUUUUUUAUUCUUAAUGCAUUGAUGAAGUAUCAGUAGAUGGGUGCGCCAGCAGUGGGGUCACUCAUCAGUCAUCGUUGGUCAGUCAUUAUGUCAAGCCAACCAAAUGUGUCAUCGUCAGAUCGUCAGAGUUAUUUUACCGCGCUUCCGUCAUCGCUAAAUAACUGUUCGUCACCACAAUUCAAGAGUCAGUAAGUCAGUCCGUCAUUAUUUCAAGCCAACCUAACAUGUCAUUGUCAGUUGGUCAAUUACUUUAACCAACUUCCAUCAUCGCUAACUCACAGUUCAUUACCACUAAUUUACGAUCGAAAGAUCUCCUCCCUUUUCUUACUACAGCACGCGCAGUUGCAGCACAAGUGGUGUAUCUAUUCUAGUAAAGAACCACCUCGUACUGAAAACUAAAACAAAGAUAUUCCACAGUAUUUACAUUCAACAUUUACAAUCAUCUCUUUGACUCAAAACUUGAAUAAAAGCAUUGCAAAUACCCAAAUAUUGAAAAAAUAUAUAUCGUGUGCACCUUGAAACCAAUAAUAAUAAUUAGUCCAUCACAUGACAUUACGCUCGUCUUUUGCUCUCUGACUCUGUUGUGGAAUCUGGCAUAUGUGACCAGAACUAAUUGUUUAGAAAAUAUUUGACAAGCUUUAACAGAAAACCAUACCCAUAAAGGUCAAUUUACAAAAUAAAUACAUACAUAAAAUAUUAGACUCAAACAAAGACUGUAGAAUUGUGUCAUGGUAAUCAAUCCAAUGUAAUACUAGCGCCAGAAAAUUGCAAUUCAAAUUACCGUAAUUUUCCGACUAUAAAUGGCGUUUUCUGAUAAGGAAAAAAAAAAGUGAAACCGCGAUGAAAGAACCGUGAUGUAGCAAGGGAUUACUGUAAUUUGAAUUUCAAGUGACGUCAGCAGCGCGACACGGCAUGGCGCAGCGGUUGUUUACAUAAAGGACAAAGCUUGAUCACGGGAUGACGAAGAUAACGAAGAGCCCCACGUACUACUGGCAUCAUUAGCGGCUUUGUUUCUAGGUGACACGGCGGACGAAGCGUUUGAAGGAUUUAAGGAUUUGGAGUGACACAGAAGGUUUGAAAAACUAUUAUGGCUUUUACCCACGCCCGGUCCUACUCUAUGGAGCUCUCUUUCACCUCCGUGGAUUGAAGUCGGGGGCCGGCGCUCGGCCGGGUGGCUGUCCAGGGACGGUGGAUGGGAUGGGGCUCGGACAUGGCUUUUACGCACGACCGGUCCUACCCCACGGAGCUCUCUUUCACUUCCGUGGAUGGAAGUCGAGGGCCGGCGUUCGGCCGGGUGGCUGGCCGGGGACGGUGGCUGGGGCUCGGUCGUGGCUUUUACGCACGCCCGGUCCUAUUCUAUGGAUCUCUCUUCCACCUCCAUGGCUGGAAGUCCUCGCCACCACACGCCUGGAAGUUUGUUUUGUUAAAUAAAGAGCCGUUUACCAAACCCACGUCUUUCCUUGUACUUUGUUAAGGCUACAAUAUAGUUAUAUACUAGAUCUGUGGAAUAACGACGAGGCUGACGUCAGGGCUCACGCGCGGCGUUGUUGACAAAGGACGAGGAAUUUGAUCAAUGAAUUUAAUGAUUUAGAGUGCUUUCUAAUUUAUAUAUCGUUAUAUGGGCCUGUGGAAUAUUUCGAAGUGCAAGCGCCGUCAGCGGCGCGCAGCCAUUGUUGACAAAGGACGAUCGAUGGAUUUAAUAAAUUGGAAUGACACCGAUGGUUUUAUAAACGUGUUAUUUAUGUAAUCGUUUUUUUUAAAUAACUCUGAAUGUUACGUCAGGGUCGUUCUCAGCUCUUUGUUUGUGUUAAUGUCACGUUACCAUACCCAUCGUUUAGCCUGUUGUUGCUCGUUUAUGACUGUUCUUGGUGUUGGAUUUUGUCGAAUAAAUUGCCCCCCAAAAUGCGACUUAUACUCCGGAGCAACUUAUACGUUUUCUUUCACUUUUUGGGGCAUUUUAUGGCUGAUGCGACUUGUACUCCGGAGCGACUUAUAGUCCGAAAAUUACGGUAAUUGCAAAGUCGCAAUUAAACUGGCUUGAAACAAAGCAUUAAGUAGACAUUUGUGGUGAUAGUAAUAAUUCCAACACACAAACGAUGCCUUUGUGAUACGUCAAUGACGUGAAACCUUCAGCAGAGGUCUCAGUCGAACCUCGACAUUGGAGGUGACUAUUACAGAUGACUUGGCUGAUUAUUUACUUCCGGUUAGUAACAAAAGUUAAAAAGGGGGAUUUAAAAAGCUCUCUGUCAUGUCUCUUCAUGUCAAGUGGUAUAAUGUUGGUGUUUGAGGUGCCAAUUUCCGCAUAUUGACAGCUGCAAAUAACUCAAGACCAUUCCCAUUAGUUCAUUAGGUAAGUUAUGUCCAAACGUUCUUCCUUGUCCCCGCUCCUUUGUCAACUCCUCCCUCUUUGAUGGAAUCUCUGCAUGUAAACAGAGAAACGAGGACCUAGGAAUGGGCAAUAGUGGAAUUUAAUGUAAGCCCAUCAUAACUGCAGUCGACUCGAAGAAACCCCGGCAUGUAUUCACACACGCAAACAAAAAAGACAAUUUCCGUCAGUCAUCAGUGAAACUGGAGUCAGUCAGUGACAGACUGAGAGGGUCAGUUGGUGACAAAUCCAGUGACUGAAGAAAUCCCACUUCCGUUAAUGCUUCGUCCGUCAAUUACCUUUAAUUUCUCGUCAUUCGUCAGCAACAUUGCCUUCUGUCAGUGACGGGUUGAGGGACCUCACGUCAGGUGCCGGAAUGUCCACCUCUGAUGAUGGGGACAUCCCUUAUAUCACAAUGAAGUGACUUUUCCAAAACCAUCUUUGAAAUUGUUUCUAGGCUGACUAGCAGGUUUAGAUGAGAACUAUUGAUGCUGAACUAUAACAAUGAUCAUUCUAGCGUCCCACCUAAUAAAGCUCUUGAAAGCAGCCGACUGAGGGUUGAUGCACAAUGGUACUCGACUCCCCUUUUGCUGUUCCAAAAUGAACUGAUGGAUAAUCUCUGUGGAAGGGGGAAACAGAAACACAGAAAUGAAGAAACUCUGGUGUUUUUUGUCAAAAAUGGUGAAGGCACAAGUCUUGUCUUUUGAGUCUAACUGGCAUCAAGGAGUAUUACUCCAUAUAAAACACAAAUGAACAAUGUAAGAUAAUGUAAUUACAGAAAAGAUAAGUCAAAUUCACACUUAAACUCAUUCAUAUUUCAACAUUUAUUAUCGCUCUAACGGUUUUAGAUACAUUCGAAGCUGCAGGCACUCAUGCAAAGGUAAUAAAAAUGAGCAUUUUUCUAAAUACUGUAUAGUACAAUUAAUUUACACUUAAGUUAUUUAAUUUUUAGAGAAUGUAGUGUUUGUGUUUUAAAAAGAGGGCUUCUUUGAUGUUACAUAUCUGGCUUGAUUGGUAGUAAUUAGAAAAAAUGCAUAAGAAUUGAAUAAUACACUUGUACAUAUUGAUAUAUUUCACUUUUAUGUAGCGAGUGAAGACAAGGGGCUGUCUCCCACGCUUUCUGGUCUAUUAGUUCUCCAAAGUGUCCUUUAUGCCAUCAAAAGACCAUCCGGCGCUGCAGCUUUCGCAUCAAAAGUGGAAUCUCACUCCGUAGAUUUCAUAGUAUUAGCUCGAAACGAUAUGGCUUCUUUCUUUCAGGAUUAAUAUUAUAGAGGUGUUUAUAUGCAUUAUUCAGUCUCAUCCAAAGCUGACACGCAUGCAUGAUUAUCUAGUGAUGUGUUUAAUGAACAUGGCGGACAGCUACUGUACUGGCCCAAAUAUAAGACCAAAGACUAUAAAAAUGGGACCCAUUGCCUCCCUGCUUGGCACUCAGCAUUAAGGGUUGGAAUUGGGGGGUUAGAUCACCAAAUGAUUCCCGAUCGCGGCACCGCUGCUGCUCACUGCUCCCCUCUCCCCCAGGGGAUGGAUCAAAAUCACACGGGGAUGGGUUAAAUGCAGAGGACAAAUUUCACCACACCCAGAUGUGUGUGUGACGAUCAUUGGGACUUUAACUUUAACACCAAUUUUAGUUUUUAUACAAACCAUGCAAAAACUGUCUAUUACAUCUUAAUAUCUGAAUAUUUUAAUUUGUAAACUAAAGUGCAAUCACAUUUGUAAACGAAUGGCUUCUGCUUUUUUGAAAUGUAAAUACCUAAACCAGUGCUUCUCAAUUAUUUUCUGUUACGCCCCCCCUUAGCAAGAAGAAAACUAUUCGCGCCCCCCCCUCCCCACCGUGACUAUCCUAACUUGUCUUGUAAGUCGUAAAAUGUUGCACUGUCGCAAACGUCACAUAAGUAACAAUGAGAGCGCCACUGCCCCCUGCUGGGAAGAUGCGCAAUUACACUUUAUUCUAGUACUGCAAAAAAAAAAGCCUGUUCCCCAGGGUCACACGCGCCCCCCC